AAAGCAGUCUCCCUCACACUGCAACAGAGGGAUAAAUAGAUGCCUCAAAAACGAGGACCCAAGCCCUAGCGAAUAUAAAAAUCGAAAACAAGAGAAGAAAACCUACUAAGCUACGAUCAUGGCGUUCCCUUCCCGUCUUCUCUCCAGAUCCAAACAGCUGUAUGGAAGUCGAGUCAUUCUGCAGCAGGAGCGUGUUAUUCCAGUCCGUUAUUUUGCCAAAAAGGCUGAUCCUCCAGCUCUUAAGGGAGAUGAGAUGCUAAAGAACAUCUUUCUGGAUGUCAAGAAGAAAUUUGAGACAGCAAUUGGAAUACUUAGGAAGGAGAAGAUCACCAUAGAUCCUGAUGACUCAGCUGCUGUAAAUCAAUAUGCUAAGGUCAUGAAGACAAUUAGAGAAAAGGCUGAUUUGUACUCUGAGUCACAGAGAAUAAAAUACACUAUUGAGUCGCGAACUAAGGAUAUUCCAGAUGCUCGGACAUAUUUAUUGACUUUGAAGGAGAUACGAAUUAAGAGAGGUCUCACUGAUGAACUUGGUGCAGAAGCUAUGAUGAUGGAUGCUUUAGAGAAAGUUGAAAAGGAAAUCAAGAAACCUCUUAUGAGGAGUGAUAAGAAAGGAAUGGCUCUUCUAAUGACAGAGUUUGAUAAAGUUAAUAAGAAGCUUGGAAUUCGAAAAGAAGAUCUUCCUAAGUAUGAAGAAGAGUUAGAACUCAAAAUUGCAAAAGCACAAUUGGAGGAGCUGAAGAAGGAUGCUCUGGAGGCCAUGGAAACCCAAAAGAAGAGGGAAGAAUUCAAGGACGAGCAAAUGGUGGACGUGAAAUCUUUGGACAUCCGGAACUUCCUUUGAGAAAGUGCAGCAGUUGUUGAUUUGAUAUUGGGUCUGACAAACCUGCAUAGGAUGUGGAGACUUGUCUCAUCUGUUUUGCAUGAUAAUAAAAGGACCGAUCUUAUAUUUGCAGUUACGACUGCAGCAACUGAGUAGAUAUUGUUCUGCUAUUUUGUAUUCAAUUUAAUCGAAACGAAGAGCUGGAAAUAUGAUGUGCGCUGCUUCUGCUAUGAAAUGAUAUACUCGGGCAGUAGUUCUCUUUUAACAUUUAAUAUUCACUUUGUUUCUUGCUA